AUGGCGACAUUGCAGCUGUACACCAAGGGGGCCAACGUGUGGACUCCUGAUCCAGAUGCAAUCUGGGUGUCGGCCCAGCUCGUUCAAGACUACACACCUGAUGACAAGCACGUGCUGCUGCGGUUUUCAGGAGGGAAGGAGUCACUUUACCCGGUGCCGUCGCCAUCCGACCUUCCUCCGCUAGCUAACCCUGACAUCUCAGAAGGCGAGAAUGACCUGACUGCGCUUAGCUUCCUCCAUGAGCCUGCCAUCCUGCACAACCUCCGCGUUCGCUUCCUGGACUACAACAGCAUCUACACUUACUGCGGUAUCGUGCUGGUGGCUGUCAAUCCCUACGAUGAGCUCCCCAUCUACGGCGAGGAGGUUAUUGACGCCUACAGCGGUCAGGACAUGGCCGAGCUGGAGCCUCACAUCUUCUCUGUGGCGGAGAACGCUUAUCGCACCAUGAUCAGGGAGGAGAAAAAUCAGUCCAUCAUCAUCAGCGGCGAGUCGGGUUCCGGCAAAACGGUCUCGGCCAAAUUCACCAUGAGGUACUUUGCGGUGGUGGGAGGAGCCGCUCAGCAGACCAGUGUGGAGGACAAGGUGCUGGCCUCCAAUCCUAUCAUGGAGGCCAUCGGGAAUGCCAAAACCACGCGGAACGACAACAGCAGUCGCUUUGGGAAAUACAUCCAGAUCGGUUUUGGCGGGAAAGGAGACAUCAUCGGGGCCAACAUGAGCACCUACUUGCUGGAGAAGUCCAGAGUGGUCUUUCAGUCAGCAGCAGAGAGGAACUACCACAUCUUCUACCAGCUGUGUGCCUCCAGACAACUGCCUGAAAUGAGAUCACUUAAACUAGCUGCUCCUGAAUAUUUUCGCUACACAAACCAAGGAGGAGAUGCAAAAAUUGCUGGGACUGAUGACGUGAUGGAAAUGGAGCGCACUCGCAAUGCUUUCACCAUCCUGGGCAUCCUUCCCGAACAGCAAAUGGAGCUGUUCAGAAUCCUGGCAGCUGUUCUUCACUUGGGCAAUGUGAAGAUUUCAGGCAGCGGACGCACGUCUGUUCGUUCUUAUAUUGAUGUGAAUGACAGUUCUAUGGCUAUCUUCUGCAAGCUUCUGGGUGUAGAGGCCGCCCACAUGGCCCAUUGGCUAUGCCAUCGCAGGUUGGUGCUAGCGGGCGACACGCUGAGCAAGCCUAUGACGGGUCAGCAGGCCAUCGAGGCUCGAGAUGCCCUGGCCAAGCAUAUCUAUGAGCAGAUGUUCAAGUGGACCGUGCACAGACUCAACUCUGCCCUACGUAGUCAGGCAGGUCGUGCCGAAACCUUCAUAGGAGUGCUGGACAUCUAUGGCUUUGAGACCUUUGAGCGGAACAGCUUUGAGCAGUUUUGUAUCAACUACGCCAAUGAAAAACUGCAACAGCAGUUCAACAGGCACGUGUUCUACCUGGAGCAGGAGGAGUACAUACGUGAGGAGCUGACAUGGAGCAGGAUCGAGUUCAGCGACAAUCAGCAGUGUAUUCAUCUCAUUGAAGGACAGCUUGGCCUCUUGGACCUGUUGGAUGAGGAGUGCAGGAUGCCCAAAGGUUCAGACGACAGUUGGAUCCAGAAGCUGUACGACCAGCACCUGACCAGCCGAUGUCAUCCCAACUUCCGCAAACCUCGCACGUCCAACACCGCCUUCGUCAUUCUACACUUUGCUGACACAGUGCAAUACGAAUGCGGCGGUUUCCUCGACAAGAAUCGAGACACUGUUUUUGAGGAGUUGGUCAAUGUUAUGAAAGCAAGUCAGUCGGAGCUGGUAGCCGAGUUCUUCCAACAGCAAGGAAAGGGGACCGGUGUGGCCAAUGGACGAAGAGCCCACAGAGAACACAAGUUGACCGUGGGCUUUCAGUUCCGUCAGUCCUUGCAGAUGCUGAUGGACACUCUGAACAGCACCACACCUCACUACGUCCGUUGUAUCAAACCAAACGACCUCAAGGAGCCUUUUAUGUUUGACCCGAAGAGGACGGUGCAGCAGUUGAGAGCAUGUGGAGUGCUGGAGACAAUCCGAAUCAGCGCAGCUGGUUUUCCAUCCAGAUGGACGUACGAGGAGUUUUUCUUGAGGUAUCGUGUUCUGCUGCGAGGGUGCCAGCGCUGGGAGGAGGCUCGGCUCGCAUGCCAGCAGGCUUUGCCUCAGCUCAUCCCAGUCCCGGACCAGUACGUCUUCGGAAAGACCAAAGUCUUUUUCCGGGCAGGGCAGGUGGCUCUUCUGGAGAGGUUGAGAGCCGAGCGGCUUCGAGCGGCCGCUGUGAAACUUCAGAGUUGCGUCAGAGGGUGGCUGGCCCGGAUUUACUACAGCAGAACCCUCAGGGCCAUCGUUGUCUUACAAAGAUACUGGAGAGGAGCGCUAGCUAGGCGUUUGGCUCAGACCCUGCGGUACACCAAAGCUGCUUUGGUAAUCCAGAAGACUUACCGCAUGCUGGUGGACAGACGCAUGUUCCUCCUGGUCCGCCAAGCCACCAUCAUCAUCCAGGCCUUCGUCAGGGGCACGCUAACCCGUCGUCAGUACCGACUGUUUGUGGCCGAGCGAGCCGCCACGCUGCUCCAGGCCAGAGUGCGUGGGUGGAUGGCGAGGAGAAGCUUCACCAGGUUGCGAGCGGCCGUUGUGUUGGCGCAGUGUUGCGUACGUCGCAAGGCUGCCCGAAAGGAGCUGCUGAAGCUCAAGACGGAAGCUCGCUCGGUGGAGAGGUACCGAGAGCUCAACAAAGGCAUGGAGGUCAAACUGAUGCAGCUUCAGAUGAGAGCAGACCAGGAGGCCAGGGAGAGCGCAGCUCUUAAAGAGACCUUGCGUGUCGAGCGGGAGGUUGCCGCCACUGAACUGGCUGCUCUGAGGGCAAACAUUGAGAAGCUGGAAGCCCAUCAGAAGGACGCCACUCCUUCUCCUGCACCUUGUUCCAUCGUAAGCCAGGAGACGGAGCAGGAAAGGAGGCGAGCAGAGGAGAAGGCUGCUCAGGAGCUACUGCAGCUUAAACACGAGGUGGAGACACUGCAGAGAGAAAAGGCUUCACUCAGCGCAGAAACAGAGCGUCUCUCUGCAUGCCUGGUUCAGCAGGAACAGGCGCAAGAAGACCAUGUGUCACUUUGGCUUUGCUGUCUUUUUCCAACUCGUGGUCUCGGUGCAGCUCUUGUGCAGCGAACGGCGUCCCAGGCCACGGCGGCUGUGAGCGCCGAGCUUGACGAGGAGAGGAGAAAGCACCAGGGCCUCCUGCGGGAAUUCACCAGGCUGGAGCAGCGAUACGACAACCUGAGGGACAUGAGCCAGCUUACUGAGGGCACCAGGGGCCUCAGGAGAUCCGACUCGGCGCUAAGCUCGGAACCUCUGUCCCCCUCACCGCAAUCCCUCACCCCGCGCUCCCUCUCCCCCUUCCCGUCCGCCUUCCCGUCCCCAGAGGAGGUGCGCCGGGUCAGCGUGACAUCUCCUAACACGGAUGGAGGCUUCACGGAGUGGACUUUGGAAACGCCAAUGGAACAGCUGAUGGACAAAAUGGGCUUGACCAAAGAGUCUGGCGGUGAGCUGAAAGGAGAAGACUUGGCACAUGCCUACGACACAGUACGAGUAGCCAACAAGUUUUUGGAGAGCCAGUUGCUGAGUCAGCGCAACCAGUGGGCGGAGGAAGUGGAGAGGCUGAGAUGUCAGCUGCUUCGAGUUAGCUCGGGUUCGUCUUCUCAUCAGCAGGACCUUCUGGAGGCCAGCGAGCAGGAGUGUGCAAGGCUGAGGAAGGAACUGAAGGAACUUCGAAACACCGUCCCAUUACGGCGACUCCUUACCCAAGGUGAAAUAUUAUUAUAUUCAUUUUUGGGACGUUUGGCCAUCUCAAACUCAUUAAAGGUUUUGGAUCUGGUCUAUUUUUCCUUUCUAGUUUUGCCAUCAGUGUUCCCCACUGAUGGCUCGCCUUUAGCCCAGCAGAAAGCACCUGCAGCGGCCGGUCUUCUGGAAUGCAGGAGACGAGAUGAUAGCAAACUCGUCAAGAAUCUCAUCACCGACGUGCGGGCAGACGUGGACGUGUCGCUGGCUCCCGGGCUGGCGGCAAGCGUGGUCUUCCUGUGUGUUAGGCAGGCGGACAUCAGGGGCGAUCAAACCGCCGCUUCAUCGCUGUGUCGCGCCGCUGUCGCCGCCAUGAAGACGACGCUGAAGAAACACAACAGUGAUUUAGACAUGACUGCUUUGUGGCUGAAAAACAUCAGUCUGUUGCACGACCUGCUGACUCAGCAUGGUCCAAAACAGCUGUGUGUCCGUGAGGACUUGUCGCCGCUGACCUUUGACAUUGGCAAUCUGAGUCACACGCUGAGCGAGCUCCGCAUCCAAGCCUACCAGCAGCUCGUCUCCUUCACUGAGCAACGCCUGCAGAGCUUCAUAGCCGCCGCCUUGUUGGAGGGCGAAGAAAUCCCGACGGGCUCUAGAAGGCGAGCGGGUCCGGCGGAAGGGGCGGACGCUCCCACCGUGGCUCGAGUGUUGAAGGAGUUGGGCGCCCUUCACGCCGCCAUGUCCCGUCAGGCUUUGCCCGCGGCGCUGAUGGAGCACGCCUUCCACCAGCUGGUCUACUUCAUGUCCGCCUCGGCCCUCAACAGCCUGCUCCUCAGGAAGGACGUGUGCUGCUGCAGCCGCGGGAUACACAUACGCCUGAACUUAAGUCAGCUUGAGGAGUGGCUGCGUGACCGCGGUCUGCAGACGGAGGGUGCCGUGUCCUCCCUGGCGCCUCUCAUCCAGGCAGCUCAGCUGCUGCAGGUCGGGAAGAAUUCGGAGGCGGACGCUCAUGCCCUUGUGCGGGCCUGCACCGCCCUCAGCGGCCAGCAGAUUGUGAAGAUUCUUACCAACUACACGCCUCAUGGUGUUGAGGAAAGAGUCUCGCUGAAUUUUGUCCGCGUGGUUCAGGGCCUCCUCAAAGACCGCAUAGAUGCUCAACCUCGCCAGCUCCUCCUGGAAGUGAAGCGUGUGUUUCCCGUCACGUUUCCCGUCGAAGAGCCGCCCGCCAUCCACGCGGACAACUUGGUCAUCCCGGACUCCCUUAAAUUAACCUUUCUACGCAGAGUGUGAGCUUUUUUUCUAUCAAAA